UUGAACAACAAUAACAUGUUCACCUCGAACCAAAACCAGAGGGAGAAAAGACGGUUUAAUUUGCUAUGGCCUGAGAUGUAAAAAAUCGAAUAAUAAUCUUGAAGAAUGCGGGAGGAAGCUGUUGUGCCUGUGGAUAUAAUUGAUGAUAUGAGCAGUGAAAAUGAUGAUGAACAACAUCAUAUCUCUGAUCAGCCUGCAGGCCAAUUAGCUUGUCCUCUUGACCUGAAAUCUUCAAGAAUUAAUGCUUUGCUUAGACUACGAUGUAGGGUGGAAGAUGCCAUUCUUGGUGGUUACAUUUACGGCAAAAAUAAACACAAAUUGCUCUCUUCCAGAUUAUGUAUUACAGAAGAUUUGAGGGACAUUUCUUUAUGGGAUGUUCCUUUAUUGCCAAGUAAAGGGAACCCGAGCACAGAUAUUGUUUUGAUGAAUUUCUUGAGAGCCAAGGAUUACAGCGUUUACGACGCGUUCAAGAUGUUGCGAAAGACGUUGAGAUGGAGGAGGGAUUUUAGAGUUGCUGAUAUUCUUGACGAGAAAUUUAGUCCUGAGCUUGAGAGUUUGUGGUACACAAAUGGCAAGGACAAAGAAGGCAGGCUUUUGUGUUAUAAUGUGUUUAGGAAUAUUAAGAAUAAAGAAUUGGAAGAGGAAAUUUGGGGUAGGCAUCAUCACCACCAAGAAUGCCUUAGGUGGAGAGUACAUAUUAUGGAGAAGGCAAUUCAACAACUUGAUUUUAAACAAGGAGGGGUUAAUUCCAUUCUUCAGAUUAUUGAUUUGGGAAAUUCACCAGGAAAUUCAUGGAAAGAGGUUCGUUGGAUUAAUAGGAAAAUGAUGAGCUUGGUUCAUGAUCAUUAUCCUGGAAUCAUCUACAAGAAUAUAUUCAUUAAUGUUCCUGUUUGGUUUUCGACGGUGCAUGCACUUAACUUGAGAAUGAUCACACAAAGAAGCAAGAACACGUUCAUAUUUGUGAAGCCAUCAAAAGUUACAGAGACCCUUCUCAAGUAUAUUUGUCCGGAAAACUUAUUGGCUCAAUAUGGUGGACUCAAAACAGAGAAUGAUGUUGAGUUUUCAACUGAUGACAAAGUUUUAGAGAUAAGCCUCAAACCAUGCUCAAUUGGCCUAAUUAAAAUACCGGUCAAAGAGGUUGAGGUGACCAUAACUUGGGAUAUGAUGGUGGUGGGAAAUGAAGUGACUUACAGAGAAGAAUUCAUACCAGAUGAUGAUUGCUCAUACAGAGUGUUGCUUCAAGAAGAGAAGAAAAUGGUGGAGAGUACUGUACGGAAUUCCUUUCAUAUUAGAGAAGAAGGGAAGAUUGUUAUCACUAUUGAUAAUCCUACUUACAAGAAGAAAACAGCCUUCUACAGAUACAAGACUAAACCUAGUGUACCCAUUUAUAUGUACCUAAAGUAACUCACUACUCUUUUCCUAUUAUAUUACUACUUCUUUCUUUUUAAUUAUGUUUGUAUACUCCGAUUUUCUUAUACGAUAUGUUAACAUGGAUUUCAUUCCAUUUGUAAAAGAGAAAUCUUUAAUAAACAAAGAAAGAAAUCGUUUA